GCUAACGUGAGUUCUUGAAUUGUUUUGUUUGUUUGUUUAUCUGAAAGAAACCUUUCUGUUUCGGCUACUACAUACUGCAGCUAGUUACUGUCAGCAACGUAGUAUAUUCUAGAUAAUAUUUCUGGCUCAAACGGAUUAAAUAUUGUCAUGGCUCUGAACAAAUCGAUGCAUCCUCGGAACCGGUACAAGGACAAACCUCCGGACUUCGCGUAUCUGGCCUCAAAGUACCCGGACUUCCAGCAGCACGUGCGCACGAGCCUUGCAGGGAGACCCGUAGUGAAUUUUAAGGAGCCAGAGGCGGUGCGAGCGCUGACCUGCACUCUGCUGAAAGAGGAUUUUGGUUUGACCAUUGAGAUCCCUCUGGAGCGCCUCAUACCCACCGUCCCACUGCGCCUCAACUACAUCCACUGGGUGGAGGACCUCAUUGAUGGACAGAAGAAACCCCGCCGAGGCAUCGACAUCGGCACCGGAGCGUCUUGCAUCUACCCCUUGUUGGGAGCCACCAUGAACGGCUGGUUCUUCCUGGCCACAGAGGUGGAUGACAUCUGCUUCGACUAUGCAACGAAGAACGUGGAGCAGAACAACCUGUCGGACCUGGUGAAGGUGGUAAAAGUCCCUCAGAAGACUUUACUGAUGGACGCCUUGAAAGAAGAGACAGAAAUAGUUUACGACUUCUGCAUGUGCAACCCUCCAUUCUUUGCCAACCAGCUGGAAGCGAAGGGGGUGAACUCCAGGAACUCUUGGCGGCCUCCUCCCAGCUCUGUGAACACGGGCGGGGUGACUGAGAUCAUGGCAGAGGGAGGCGAGCUGGAGUUUGUCAAAAGGAUCAUUCAUGACAGUCUGCAGCUGAAGAAACGCCUCCGGUGGUACAGUUGCAUGUUGGGGAAGAAAUGCAGCCUGGCGCCUUUGAAAGAGGAGCUGAGGAAGCAAGGGGUGCCUAAAGUGACCCACACAGAGUUCUAUCAGGGUCGGACCAUGCGGUGGGCUCUGGCCUGGAGUUUCUACGACGAUGUGAUUGUUCCAUCUCCUCCCAGUAAAAAGCGCAAACUGGAAAGGGCACCGAAGCCUCUGUCGUUCUCCAUCCCAGAAUCAGGAGUGAAGGAGCUCCAGGUCAAGGCCUUAGCCGCAGGCUGCACUGACUGCAACCCUGUGAACAGCAUCACUGUCCUCCUGGAGAAAACUCUGACUGAGCUCCGGGUGCUGCACAAACGCGUCCCAUGCAGGAAGCCGAUGGAGAGCCUCUUUCUGACUGCGGUUGAGAACACCUGGAUCCACGGAAGACAGAAGAGGCGUGAACAGAAGCGUCAGCUGCGGGAGCUUCCCAGGGCGCCUCACUGCUCUGGCAUCAGCUCCCAAACCAGUGGGACCUCCACUUCCCCACGUGACCCCAGCCCCUCCCAAAACGAGCUCGGAUCCAAACAGGAAGAACAAACUUUGACAGUCAAAGAAGAAACAGAAAAACCUGGAGGAGAAGACGAGGUGAAAAAUGUGGAAAAGGUCACAUGUAAGGCUGAAGACAUGGAGACUUCCACCUGCACAGAAACUGAACCGGAGAAAGACGUUGACGAAGGUGCCGCUGCAGGAAGCGAACCUGCCCCCAAGCGCCCCCACAGCCCGGGCACCGUCCAACACUUCCUGUUCCAGUGUUCGCUGAAGGUGAUGCAGGAGGAAAGGGAGGUUGUGAUCGAGAUGCACUGGGUGGAGGGUCAGAACAAAGACCUGAUGAACCAGCUGCGCACUUACCUCAUGAAUAGUCUUUUAAAAGCUGUAGGAAAGCCUUGAUGUUCAGAGGCGGCCUUUUAUGUAAAAUGGGAGUAGUAUUUCAGAUGAUUGUUCUUUUUUAUAUAUACAUUUGAACCAAACACUUGUCUGAUGACCUAUUUUUACUUAUUCAUUUACCAAAAAUAUUUCUGUAUGUUCUAAAAGUUCUUAUAUUUGGAAUAUAUGUUCCCUUUUGUAUGUUGUGUCAAUGACCCAGUGUUAUUAAGAGUUUUUCUGUUUACCUUUUGUGCUAAGGUACAUUUGAAAAAUAAAUGUUAUAAAAAUA